AUGGGCAGCAUUCUGCUGCUCUUUUUCGUCUAUGAUUCUAAAGCUAUUCCUGGAUUAUGGCAUGCCCGAAUUAUCGCAAUCUUCAUGAACCAUAUUGUCUGGAAACGAAAUCAACCUUCCUCAGGCAAUGGUCCUUCUACCCUCUUUCGUCCUGUUCGGACCCGAUCCUAUUGUUCUCUGGCGGAGGUCGACUUCAAUUUGCACAAGUCUAACAGCACAUUCUACGCCGAUUUGGAUAUCAACCGGCUUGAACUACUGCUACUGCUCUUCAAGGACGUUAUUACCCCAUUAUGUCCACCAUCGAGAAAGCCGUCCAACGAAAGUGCCCAGCGAGUCGAGGCGAAACAAGCCGGAACCUUGAAACAUCUCACUCCCGUGCUCGGCGGCGUGUCGUGUAUCUUCCGACGGGAGAUCAAGCCCUGGCAGCGAUAUGAUGUCGAGUCACGAGUCCUGUGCUGGGAUGACAAAUGGCUAUACAUUGUUAGCCAUUUCCUGAAACCCGGUAGCCACCAGGAGACUAGUACGACGGGCUCGGAGGAAGGUGUUCUUGCGUCCGCUAUCUCGAAGUAUGUUUUCAAAAAAGGUCGCCGGACGGUAGCGCCCGACGAGGUUCUCCAGUUUCUGGAAUAUUUGGAAGACGGUGAUAAUGCUGAUGCUGAUGCUGAUGUCAAUGCCAAUGCUGACGCUGAUGCUGAUGCUAGCGUUGAAGGCUCGGGGUUGGGGCUGAAGAUGAGAGGCCAAGAAGAUCAGCAGGAACACCUGGAAGUGAAACGCAAACGCGGUCUAGCACUAGCAGCGCACAUGGCCGGAUUAGAUGGUCUUCAUCGCGUGGCAUAA